CCUCCUCUCGCCCGAUCUGUCCCCUGCUCUCUCCCACCAGCCACCGGCCUGACCUCUCGUUGUCUCGCCUUUGCUCCGACUUCCGCCCCGUUCGCCGUCCUCCUUGCAGGACUCGUCGUCGUCGUCUCCGGCUCUCUCUCACCUCCUUCUCCAGCCACCCUUUCCCCUCCAUCGCCGGCUCCGCCACGGCCUUCCUCUCCCUCCAUGGCCAAGUCUGUCUUCCUCUCCUUCGACAGCUCGGUGCUGGCUGUGCCCAUCAUCGCCGUGCUGGUCAUCUUCCUCCUGCACUUGCUCUCCACCAAGAAAAAGUCCGGAGUAGCCCGAUCGGCCCACUCGGUCACCUCCAGCACCACGGACGCCCAGCGCGAGCUGGUCAUCCAGGAGCUCCUCUCUUCGGAGGAACGGUCUGCCAAGAAGUCCCUCAAGAAGACCGACAAGAAGCGCAAGGCGCUGGUCCAAGCCACCCGCUCGCUUUCCGGCUCGGCUGUCGACAGCACCGAGGCCGACGAGUCGAACGAUGAGAUCGGUGGCGUCGAGAGCAACGACGAGGAUCUCCUGCGUCUGAGCGUCCUCUCGAACAGGACCGUCAAGGAAUCCGUCGCCACUGCCUCGCACCAAGCCACCCAGCACCAUCACUCCGUGAGGACCUCCAAGCUCGCCGUCUCAUCCGCCACUACCACCAAGACCAUCACCACUACCACGACUACGACCACCACCGCCAAGGCAGAUGCUGCCGAGGCCUCUGCUGGCUCCGUCGAGGUCGUCGUCGCCCAGGAACGCUCCAUUGACCUUGCCGCCGCCUCCCCGGAAACACUCCCUGUUAGUUCCGAAUCUGCCGACCAAAAACAAACGACUCUCUCAUACACUACCAACUCUGCCACCGUCGUGUCGUCAUCGUCAUCAACUCUGUCGUCCAGCUAUGAUCAAGUUAUCGCCAAGCUGGAGGCGGCCCUGAAGCACAACACUCACCUCGAGUCCCAGAUCGCCGACCUCCAGGCCGCCAACGCCCAGGAGCAGCUCAACCUCUCUGCCGAGCGCAAGCUGAUUGCUCAAGAGAGCGAGUCCAUCAAGGGCAUCAAGGAGCAGGCCGAGGUCCACAAAGAAACCGCCCGGGUUCUGGCCCAGUCCCUGAUGGACUUUCAGCGCAAGCUCUCCGACGCUGAGCGCCAGCUGGCGGCCUCGCAGAAGGAAAAGGCCGCUGCUGUCGCUGCUGGUCCCGCCAAGCCCGAUCCCACCUUGCUGAAGCAGCAUGCUGAGCUCGAGACCGAGAUCGCCCGCCUCAACGCCACCAUCGAGAGCCUCCGUACCGAGAAUAGCGGUCUCCAGACUCGCACCGUAAACGGCCAGGCCUCCGAACAAGAUGCCCUGGCGGUUAAGCAGUCUCUGGCCGAAGCCCAGACCCGCGUCCAGGAGCUCGAGGCCCAGCUGGCCCACAGCCUCGCCAAUCCCGUCGUCGAAACCAAGAUUGAGACCGUCCUUGUCGAAAAGGUCGACGUCGCCGAGCAGACUCGCCUCGAGGGCGAGAUUGUGCGGCUCUCCAAGCUCGUCGAGUCCCUCCGAGCAGAGAAUGCCAAGGCCUUUGCCCAGUCCACCAAGGACGCCGCCAUGAUCGAUCGCCUCCAAAAGGAGCCUGCCAAGGUCCACGUCGAGCUCGAGCAGGCCCGGGUCCUCUUUGAAGGCUACAAGAGCUCGGAGGAGAAGCGCCGCGCCGAAGAAGUCGCCAUUAUCCGGGCCGAGGCCACCCUCCAGCUUGCCGAUCUGACCGACCAGCUGCGCAAGUCUGAGGCCGAGCGCGAGCAGAUUCUCGAAGACUCGAGCGCCCUCGCCACUGUCUACGAAGAGACUGUCGCUGAGAAGCAGCGCCUGGCCGCCAAGCUCGCUGCGUUCGAGCGCAAGCACGUCGAUCUCGAGGAAGAAAAGACCGAGAUCCAUACUCAGAAGAAGCAGUCCGAGGCCACGAUCGAGGAGCUGGAGCGCUCGGUCAAGGUUUUGAACGUGCAACUCUCCUCCUCCCGCGCCGAGCUGCUUGCAGUGCGCACCGAUCGCGAGACCCGCUUCCAGCAGUGGCAAAAGGACAAGAUCGAGCCCCUGCUCCAGCAAGUCAAGUCCCUGGAAGCCAGCCUGUUGCUGUCCGAGACCACGGUCAGCGAGCUGCGAACCCGUCUGGCGGCCUCCGAGACCCUGAUUCGCGAGAAGGACAUUCUCGUCGUCGAGCAAAAGUCACAGUUGCAAAAGCUGCUGCAGCUCAGCCAAGACCACGAUGCCGAAAUGAAUGAGGUCCGUGCUCUCCUCUCCCAAGAUCAAAAGGAGAUUGCCGAGCUCGAGUCGCUCUGCCAGAAGCUCAUCCAGACCACCCAGACGCUGACCCAGAGCCACCAGGCCGAAGUCACCCAGCUCAAGAGCACGAUCGCUUUCCUCGAGGCCCAGAAGUGCGUCUGCCAACAGACCCGCGCUCUGCCUGAAUACGUUGCCCCCGUUACCGAGGACACACUCGUGGCCGCAGCUCCGACGGCCGAGGAAGGCAUUGCACCUGCCUCUGUUGUCGAGGUCGUCUCGCGCGAUCUUGUCGAUGCCGAGCCCCAGAUCGCCAGCGCUGCUGAGGAAGAAAUCGCGCUUUCGGCUGCCUCAGAGUCGCUCGUUGCCUUUGGCACUGACUCGGUCGAGUCGAUCGAGGUCGUUGAAGAGAAAGCAUCCCGAUCCGCGGCCGCUACUGCCAAGAUUGAGACUGUGAGCACAACUAAAACCACUCGGGUCCGGGUCACGGCCUCCCGCUCCCAAGCCGCCACCGCGACUACCACCACCACCACUACUGCUACCUCCACUGCCACCUCCAUCGCCGAGGCUGAAGCCAACGCUACUCGCGAGGUCUCGGCCACCACCAUCGCACAUACCCAGGCCUCCGAAGGAGCCACUGUUGCUCGAGCAAUCACAGUGGAUGCAGCUCGCGGACUCGAAGGUGCCGAAGUGACUGAGGAGCCUGUGUUCCACCCCUUCCACGUCUCGCCCCUUGAGUUUGUCACCAUCCAAGAGCGUGUCUACUAUGGCCCCGUCUGUAAGGGCUUCCUGUGGAUCCACCCUCUCACCCAAGAGUACGUCGCGGACAAUGCCGAGGCUAUCGAGGCGGCUGCCAAUGACGCCGAGGAGGUUGCUGCCGCACCUGCCGAGGAGGUUGUUGUCGAGCUGUCGUCCCGCGAGAUCAUCUCCGAGGGGGUUGCCUCUGCCCAGCCAAGCGAGCUCGCCCUGAACUCGCAUCCUCAGCCGUCCAAGGAAUCGGUUGUCCGUAUCUUUGGCCCAGACGCCGUCCGACCUGUGCCGCCUCCAGUUGUCCAAUCGUCCAGUGAGCACUCGUGCUUCCACUGGACCAACUCGACGGCCUCCGAGAACCGAAUCGGCGCCAGCUCUUCGUCCACCGUCGCCGCUACCGCAGCCAGCGACGCGAAGCCCACCGAUGUAUCUCCCUCGCCUCUGGCUGCUAGCGAGGCCGAAUGGGGUCUCCAGGUCACCUGGACACGCGAUGCCGAGGCGAUCGAGGACAUUCGUCUCUCCGAACUAGCCCGCACAGCCGUCCAGACCCGCGAGCUGGCCUCUGCCGCCUCCACCUCGACAAGCACCUCGACCAGCACCUCGACUGCCAAGUCUGUCGUCGUCUCUGAGACCUCGUCCGUGUCUGAAACAUCAGCUACGUCGACCCACACCUCGGGCACGUCCGUCCAGUCGGUCGCCGUGUCCAAGUCGGUUUCGACCACCAAAACCACCUUCUCCUCGGUCCAUGUGACCACGACUCGCACCACCACCACGACCACCACCACAGGCGGCCAGUCGGUCGUGACAACCUCGAGCUCCACGGAGCAGUCCGUCGCCACCCACGUUGCCGAUCAGUCCGUGACUGUGGCGUCGGCGCCCUACUUUGACUUUUCGUGGACUGUCCCGCAGAACGUCGUGGAAUACGAGGUCGCGGAGGCCAAGCGCCGCAAUCCCAAGCUGGGGGUUCCUGUCGUCGAGACUGUCGAGGAGACCGUGACUGUUGCCCGGGCAAUCGAGACUGAUGUCGCCGCGUCAGUCCAAGACGCCGACGAGGUAGCCCGCGACAUUGCGGCCUCUGAAGACUUCAGCAUCGCACUCCAAGCGCCGACCGUGGUCGAGGUGAUUGAAGUGAUCGAGGUCAUUCAGGAGAUCAUCGAGAUCAUCGAGCCCGCGGCGACCCAGUCCGUCAAGACUGCUGCCGUCUCGGCACCCAAGGCCCUGUCGAUCAUUAUCGAGCGCAAGGCCAAGCAGCCGCUGGCUCCCUCCCCUGAUGCUGCUGCCCUUUGGCCCCCAGUUUUCGGUCACUGCCACUGGCAACAAGAGGCCAACUUGGGAUGCAUGGCGUCGAUCUCGUACUACUCCCAGGAACUCGAGGAUGUUGUUUUGAGCGGCUGCACCGACAGCGAGGCCGUCGCUCGCCAACUGACCGAGACACUCUUGCUCGUUGAGUGCUAAGUCCUCCCUCCCCUAAUUUACUCGCCCUUUUCCUUUUCUCCGAUCCCUUUUCUGCCCGCGCCCCCUCCCUGUCAGCGUACAGGACGCGUAUGUUUUCACCCCGUCGCUGGGUACUUUUGCAAUACAGCUAGUUCAGAUUAAGACGAA